AUGUCUUACUCGGCUUUCUUCUAUGGUACUUUGAUGCAUCCCUCCAUUCUGCGUAGGGUCAUAGGUCACCCAGGUGCCGAUUUGCAACUAUGUCCUGCCAUCCUCCUGGACUAUACUCGUCACAAAAUCCACCACGCCGACUACCCGGCCGUCAUCCCGUACACCCAGAGCCGCAACCUCUUCAUGUCAGCCGGGAUUCCAGAGCCUUCGCUCGAAGACCGCACUGUGCGCGGCACGUUCGUGACAGGCCUGAAUGACCAGGACAUCUCCCUGCUCGACCUGUUCGAAGGCAACGAAUACACCCGCGAAGCCGUCCACGUCCACCCCCUCGCGGAGGACCCGUCGACGGACGCGUACGUCGUCCCACCCACGACCGCGCCCCUGCCCGCGCGGUCCGCGCUCGCGCCCGCGGUCCGGGCGGAGACGUACGUCUACGCGGGCCCGGCGGCGCGCGACCUGAGCCCGGAGCUGUGGUCGUACGACGCGUUCGUGCGCGAGAACGCGUGGAAGUGGGUCGGGCGCGGCGCAGACCGGGAGAACUACGCCGAGGUCGACCACCGGCGCGAGAUGGGCGGGCGCACGCUCCGGACGGCGAUCGUCGCGGAGGACGGGGAGCUGGGCGUCGAGGUCACGGACGUGUGA